UACUGCUACAGAUGUUGAACUCGUGGGAAAUGUUUGUGUGGAAGGUGAACACGCUCCUCUUAUUGGAAAUGGUUUUACUAUUACCACAACUAGAGAUGUGCUGGAAAAUGCUGAUUCCACGACUUUUCUCACUCAGAAUAACUUUUUGAGGCAUGGCAAUGUCAUUCCUGAUGGACUGUCGGUGCGGAUCCAGGUGCUGUAUCAUGGUUUCUCAAAAAUAAAAGUGGAAUUCUCGUCUGCUCUUCGAAGUGGUUCUGAAAUCACCGAUCUAAGAACCGCCGCCGAAAAGUUUACUGCAAGUCUGGAUCAACUCACUUUUGCUCGUGCAGACAAAAGAAUAUUGUUGCGCAAAAAUAUGGAUAAGGCAACGUGGGAUAAUGAACGUCCUUUGGACAAAAUUUCCUUUGGAGCUUUGCAGUACAAGGUGAACACAGUGACUAUUCCAGACGCUGCCAGCUACCUCCGUAUUUUGACAACUUUGGACGUUACGGUCCCUGCUGUUUUUGAAGAUAGCUCGCAAGUUUUGUAUGAUCGCUUGGUGGAAGGAAUUAGGCGGAAAGUUUCCGCAAUGGUCUAUAUGAUGAUUCACGGUUUUAGAAAUCAGCAAAAAAUGGUCCCCACAGUUUCCCAAGUUUUUCUUCCUCCGGGAUGGUCUUCGCUUCUGCACCUACAGAUGUUGAUGAGCGAUGAGAUAGAACAGCAUUCAGCUCGUGUUAGACUUCAUAAAUUGUUCAAUCUCCCCCUUUCUAUGCCAUGUAUUCGAUCUUCUCAAGCGAUCACAUUUGCUCCUACUAGAUUGUUACGCUCACCGCAUAUUCAUAUUAACAACUGUGAGUUCCACCAUUUUCUGAGAGUUAUGCUAAACGAUGGAGUCAACGACUCAGGGUGGGGAUGUGCUUACCGUAGCUUGCAGUCUAUAUGGAGUUGGUUCAUCCUUAACGGCUUCACCGACAAGCCGGUGCCAACUCAUUUAGGGAUUCAGCAGUGUCUAGUGGAUAUUAAAGAUAAGGAGGAAAAUUUUUUGGGAAGUCGGCAGUGGAUAGGGAGUACCGAAAUCGGCUUCGUUCUUGAUCACCUGUUAGGAAUCCAGUCCCGCUACAUUAUUACCAGUUCUGGCGCCGAAGUAAUUGAAAAGGCUCAUGAGCUGGCUCUACAUUUUGAAACUGUUGGUACUCCAGUUAUGAUAGGAGGAGCACAACUGGCUCAUACAAUCCUUGGCGUCGAUUUUAAUGAGGGUUCUGGCGAGUGCAAUUUUCUUGUGUUGGAUCCGCAUUAUACUGGAAGUGAAGACAUGAAAGUAGUACUAGGAAAAGGUUGGUGUGCCUGGAAACCAGCUUCUUUUUGGAACCCACAGUACUUUUACAAUAUGGUACUACCUCAAACACCAAAGAACGUAGUUUAA